CGGGAGCGGCGGGAGCGGCGGGAGCGGCGGGAGCGGCGGGAGCGGCGGGAGCGGCGGGAGCGGCGGGAGCGGCGGGAGCGGCGGGAGCGGCGGGAGCGCCCUGCAGCAUGGAGGACACCCGGACCCCUCCCCGAUACGGAUCGCUGGAGUCCACCCGCUGGCCGCCCGCCGGCGCGGGGCCAGAGGAUGAGAUUGUUUCCAUGGCUGACUCAACCACCACCAUUGAUGACAUCGAAGGAGAACUCUUCAAAAUUGAGAGGAUCAGGGAGAUCCUGGUGAGGAGGGAGUCCGAGCUGCGGUACAUGAUGGACGACAUUCAGCUUUGCAAAGAAAUCAGCCGGCUGAAAAAAGACCUUCAAAAACUCAUAGCCCUUCCAGAGAAUGAGAAGUCCAACGAGGAGAAGCAGAGGGAAGAGGAGCUGGUGCAGCAGAUACACAAGCUGGUGGAAACGCGGGAUUUCCUGGUGGACGAUGUGGAGUUUGAGAGGCUCAGGGAAAGGGAAGAAGACAAGGAAAUGGCAGAGUUCCUGCAAAGUAAGCUCUCCAAAAGCUACCUCCAGAAAGCAACUCCUGUCAAAGAGAAGAAAAUGACUUCCAGGGGGCAGCAAACCUCUGCACCUUACAUGACCAAGACAGGCCUCACCCUGCUCAAGGAGUGCUGUGGCUUCACCUGCUCCAUCAUGUAGGCCAGCCCAGCUCCUCUGCACAGGACAUGACCAUGGUCUCCAGCCAGAGUCCACGAUCUGCUCUUCUCCGAGAGGUUCAACUUCCCGUCAUUGUUCAUGCUUCCCACUGCAGCACCCCCGUCAAAGAGACUUCCCAAGAAGGCUGGUGCGAGCUUGAAUGAUGGCAUGUGUCCUUGGUGCCACAUCCACAGUCAUCUCCCCCAUGGCAUCUACGAACACCGAAUCCCACCCGAGCUCAGCUUGGAAGAGGUGUGUGCAGCAGCAGCAAGCGAGUCCAUGACAAAGAGGAGCAGUGUGGUCCUUCACCUGGACAGAGCAAUGAAAAAAGCACAGGGAGCUGAUGUUUGGAGAACAUUGUGCUCCACCAUCCAAGACAUGCUGAGGCCACAGACGAUGUCUCACCCUUAGCCCUGUACCACCUUGUGAGUCUCUGUGAGAUAAUUCCAGCGGAUUCUUGGUGGGGAAUGUCUCUGGUCUGGGUUUCGCUGUGUUUGCGUCGGUUUUAUUGCGAGGUGCUCUGUGGCACUGGGGGAGCUGAGCAGGGCGUGCAGGGCAGUGCCCAGAGCCGGCUGAGUGAAGGGCUAACGCUUGUGAAGUUGCCACCUGAACACAGGCCUGGUGUGGUUUACUACAGACAGACGAGCUGCUGUCCCCACCUCACCGGGUUUAGUUUUCAGCUCCAAGACAAAGGAGGAAAUUAGAGCAAAGAGAAAAGGAAAAAAAAUCAGAAGAACACGAUAACAUGCAGAAGGAAAUGAAAACUGAACAGGAGACUUGAAAAGUGGCAGGGGAAGCUGGAGACAGCGGGUGAGAGACACUCUCACUGCCAAGAGGGCACUCGGUCCUGCCCUGCGGUGCCCCAGCCAGCGCUGCUGGGCUUGGUGCCGUGAGCUGGACAUAAAGUCCUGUGCAAAGACUCAUGGCACCCUGAGGUCACCCACUGUCUCGGUUCCUGUUGUCCCUUCUGAGCAUGCCGAGGUGGCACAGCCAGGCCAUCACGACAGGACAGGGACUCUCUCGCUGGGUGCGAAGCCCUCUCACAUCUUCUGCCCUGUAGGCUGCUACGGCUUCACUGGUGGCCUGGGGUGGUCUCCCGUCUGGGUGGCUGCUCAAGAGCUCUGGCUGCCUUCUGGCCAAAACGCUGACUCCUCCAGCUCAGUUGCUGCAGUUACUGUGGGGUCUUGGGAUGGUGUUCCUGCCCGGGUCACUGUCCGACAUGCACAUGUCAGUGAGAUGGUCACAACCCAUUUGACUCUUUCCACUGUACCUAAUAGCACAUUCAUCCUUAUAAAACACAAUGCAGGUGGGAUCCUUCCUAGUGCCAUAUCAUAAGCAGAUCCAAGUCCCUCCUGCAUUUCUUUGCCAGCACAGCAACCCAGUGUGUGGGAACCUGUUCUCUAACCUUUGCAAAGGGGUUUCCACUCAUCCUACCCGAGCAAUCUCCUCCCACAUGGCUCUUACCAGCAGCCAGAAAGGUCCACAAACUAAACCAGUCCCUCUGUGUGCUCGCAGACCAGGGUGCAGGGCUCAGAGGGUCAUCUCUAGCAAAGCAGACCAUGCUUUGGUUCUCGUCAGCUCUGAAUUGACUUCAGUGGUCUCAGUCUGAAGCCGGAUUUGUGCUGCUUAUUGUUAAUGUCCUACAGCAUCCUACAACCACCACCUGCCGGUUCCUGGUGCUCUCCAUGCUUGGGAGAGGCUUCAGCGUGGGCUGGAGGAGCGCCCUGUAGAUCACAGAGGCAAAUAAAGCUCCUCUCUGCUUUGCCCACCCUGUGUAACGGGGUGAGGUGCAGUACACAGUUGAGGCUGUUGUCCAGGCAGGGGUGACACGCUGUCAUCAGUAGCAUCCAUCCUGGAGUUACAGGACAGCUUGGGCCACUCACUCCUUGCUCUUCCAGAAACUGUCCGGUGUCUCCUGUGCCUGGUGUCUGCAGUCACACACAUGGUGCAGUGCAGCUGUUUGCUUCGAUUCACAGAGACCAAAGGCUUGAGACCUACAAGCCCCCCCCUCACUGCCCCUGCCUUCCCCAGGGCCUUGGGAGGGAUGAUCAACUAAAAUAGUUUAUACGGUUGGACUGAGAGGGAGCCAAAGGCAAGGAAGGGCCCAUGUUUCAAAACCUGCUCCUCUAAUUCAUCCCUACCUCCACCCCACAAGGCCCUAAGAGCCAGACUUAGAAUCAUGGAAUCAUUUUAGUUGGAAGAAACCCUCAAGAUCAUUGGGCCCAACCAUAACCCACCCCCGGCACUGCCCCAUGUCCUGAGAACCUCACAUCCGUCUGUCCAACCCUCCAGGGAUGGUGACUCCAGCACUGCCCUGGGCAGCCUGUUCCAAUGCCCCACAGCCCUUUGGGGAAGAAAUUGUUCCCGAGAUCCAGCCUAAACUUCCCCUGAUGCAACUUGAGGCCGUUUUCUCUCAUUCUGUCACUUGUUACUUGGGAGAAGAGACCAAUACCCUCCAUGCUACAACUUCCUUUCAGGUAGAGAGUGAUAAGGUCUAAGUCUCCUUCUCUCCAGUGCUUGGGCAGGCAGGGAGGAUGGCCAGGGGAGAUGGGCAUGGUCCUGGCCUGUUCUGUUCUGUUUCCUGGCUGUGUUUGUGUGGCUGGUCGUGGAGAAGGAGUCAGGCUGCUGUCCUGCUCAUACGAUGCUAUUUGGCCUCUGUUUGGACUGAUGGCAAAGGUGCGCAGCACACAGGAGCGACACUGUUCAUGUGCAUUGAUUUCAACCCAAACAAAUAAAUGUCUGUUGGAAGCUUG